AUGAAGUUUGGUGAACAUUUACGUAAAGCUUUAAUUAAAAAUUAUUCAUUUUAUUAUAUAUCUUAUGAUGAUUUAAAACAUCAAUUGAAAAAAGGUUUAAAAGAUCAUGAUUAUAUAUGGAAUAAUCAAUUAGAAGAAGAAUUUUUAAAUCAGUUAGAAACUGAAUUAGAUAAAGUUUGGUCCUUUACAAAAGUUAAAAAUACCGAAGUUAACAGAAGAAUUAAACAAUCAGAACAAUAUGUUUAUGAAGUUGUUGAUACUUUACAAAGAUUUCAAAAUAAUGAUCCAAAUGUUCAACAACCUCCUCAAGAACAAGAUUUUGAAGAUUUAGAAGAAGAAUUAAGUGAUAUUAUAGCUGAUGUACACGAUUUAGCUAAAUUUUCAAGAUUAAAUUAUACUGGUUUUCAAAAAAUUAUUAAAAAACAUGAUAAAACUACAAAAUUUCAUUUAAAACCUGUAUUUCAAGCAAGAUUAAAUUCAAAAGCUUUUUAUAAAGAUAAUUAUGAUAAUUUAAUUGUGAAAUUAAGUAAAUUAUAUGAUUUAGUUAGAACUAGAGGUAAACCUAUUGAAGGAGAUUCUUCUGCUGGUGGUUCUCAACAAAAUUUUGUUAGACAAACUACUAAAUAUUGGGUACACCCAGAUAAUAUAACUGAAUUAAAAUUAAUUAUAUUGAAACAUUUACCUGUUUUAGUUUUUAAUGCUGAUAAAGAAUUUGAACCUGAAGAUUCUGCAAUCACAAGUAUUUAUUUUGAUAAUAAAGAUAUGGAUUUAUAUUAUGGUAGAUUAAGAAAAGAUGAAGGUGCUGAAGCCAUUAGAUUAAGAUGGUAUGGUGGUAUGAAAUCUGAUCAAAUUUUUGUCGAAAGAAAAACUCAUAGAGAAGAUUGGACUGGUGAAAAAUCAGUGAAAGCAAGAUUUGCAUUAAAAGAGAAGAAAGUUAAUCUGUUCUUAUCAGGUGAGUUAACUGCUCCUCAAGUUUUUGAAAAAAUGAGAAAAGAUGGUAAAAAAUCACCUCAAGAAAUUGAUAAUCUUGAAAGAUUAGCAAAAGAAUGUCAAUAUAGAAUAUUAAAAGAAAAAUAUCGUCCAGUUAUGAGAUCUUUUUAUAAUAGAACUGCUUUUCAAUUACCUGGAGAUGCAAGAGUUAGAAUUUCUUUAGAUACUGAAUUAACAAUGGUUAGAGAAGAUAAUUUUGAUGGUUAUGAUAGAACUCAUGGUAAUUGGAGAAGAAUGGAUAUUGGUGUUGAUUAUCCGUUUCCACAAUUGAAUGAAGAAGAUGUUUGUAGAUUUCCUUAUGCUGUUUUAGAAGUUAAAUUACAAACUCAAUUAGGUCAAGAACCUCCAAUGUGGGUUAAAGAUUUAGUUUCAUCACAUUUAGUUGAAGCUGUUCCAAAAUUUUCAAAAUUUAUUCAUGGUGGUGCUACUUUAUUAACUGAUUAUGUUAAUUUAUUACCAUUUUGGUAUACUCAAAUGGAUGUAGAUAUUAGGAAACCAAAAAUUCUAGAAGAGUAUGGUAUUCAAAGACAUCAACAUAAUCAAAGAAGAUUGGAAUCAAGUACUUCUGGUAACGAUUUAGAUGAAGAAGAAUUGACUGGGUCUAGUUAUACCGGUGUUCAUUUUUCAAAUGAUAUUAAUCCAUUGGAAGAAGAUUUAGAUGAACAAGUUCCUUUAUUAUUACCAAAUACUUAUUCAUCAAGACAUACUAAUUCUCCAUUGAAAAAUUUUCUUUAUCAUUCAUAUGGUAAAUUUUUAUAUUAUUUUAAUGAUGAUAGAACAUUUACUGUUAAACCAGGUACAAAUUGGGAUUUAAAUGAAUCUUUUAAAGAUAAAUUACCAAAAGGUAAAACUAUAUGUAUACCAAUCAGAAUUGAACCAAAAGUUUAUUUUGCAAAUGAAAGAACAUUUUUAAGUUGGUUAACUAUUGGAAUGUUAUUAGGAUUUACUGCUAUAACUUUAUUAAAUUAUGGUUCAAAUUCAGCAUUAACUGCAUCAAUUGGAUUUUUUAUAACUGCUUUAUUUACUAUAUUUUAUUCAAUUUAUAAAUAUUUAUGGAGAGUAUUGAUGAUUAGAGGUAAAAUUGCUGCCAAAUAUGGUGAUAAAUUUGGUCCAAAUAUGAUUUGUGUAUUUAUUUUGUUGAGUACAUUUGCUACAUUCUUGUUUAAAUUUACUGAAACAUCUUAA